CUCUCUCUCUCUCUCUCUCUCUCUCUCUCUCUCUCUCUCUCUCUCUCUCUCUCUCUCUCAGGUGUCCACAUGGUACAGAUGAUGUCUGGCUGUGAAUGGGAUGAUGAGACUGGUGAGGUCAAAGGUUAUGAGCAGUAUGGUUUUGAUGGAGAGGACUUCCUGUCUUAUGACCUGGAGACAGAGUCCUACAUCGCUCCCAGACAACAGGCCGUCAUCACCAAACUCAAGUGGGAACAGAACAAAGCUCUGAUGGAACACAGAAAGCACUACCUCACUCAGGUGUGUCCUGAUUGGCUGAAGAAGUAUGUGACCUAUGGGAGGAGCUCUCUGAUGAGAACAGAGCUUCCCUCGGUGUCUCUCCUCCAGAAGACUCCCUCCUCUCCAGUCCGCUGCCACGCGACCGGCUUCUACCCGCGCUCAGCCGCACUGUUCUGGAGCAAAGAUGGAGAGGAGCUGCACGAGGACGUGGACCACGGAGAGAUCCUCCCCAACCACGACGGAUCCUUCCAGAUGAGCGUCGACCUGAAACUCUCAGCAGUCCCAGCUGAAGACUGGAGGAGGUACCAGUGUGUGUUUCAGCUGUCUGGUGUGGAGGAGCCCAUCGUCAUCCCGCUGGAAGAAGCUGGGAUCAGGACCAACGCAGAGAAGCCUUCUGGCAUGACCACCAUCAUCAUCAUCAGCCUCGCCGUACUGGCUGUUCUUGCUCUCGCUGUGGGAGGAGUCAUGGCUUACAAAAAGAGGAAAGCCAAAUGCCCUCCGACUUCUGACAACAGCUCCGAGCUCUCUGAGAAGCUGAACCCUGAGACUCAGGGAUGACCUCGGCGACCUGCACACGGUUCAUGGAUCAAUCUUGCUCCGGAUCAAGAAGUGAUGUCACCACAUUCUCCUCCAUGAACUGUGAAUUCUUUGAUUAUUCAUCAUUCGCAUCGUAGAUCGAUUGAAUCGGGUGUUGGGAAUCUAGUUUAUUGUUGAUUAUUGAUUUUGAUUCAAAGAAAACACGUUUCAGAAACUACGAGCGAAAACAACGGUGACGUUAAAUUAUUGGGAUCGUUUAGUUUGAAUUAAGAACAAUGUAAUUUCUUCUGAUGAAAUGUUUGUUUUAACACAACGACGAUGAUUCUUGUUGGAGAUCUUCAGAACACUGGAAGCAUCUCUCCACACAUAAGUGAGUUCAUCUCAAACAAAUCCACCAUCGAUGCACUUUAAUACUUCUGCUGUUGGGGUUUCUGCUAAAAUCAACAUUGGUAACACACAUACACACACACACACACACACACACACACACAGUUUGUUUGUAUAUUUCCUUUCUCUAGCGCCAGGACAAAGUAAAUAAUAAUUUAUGUUUCAGUGUUCACUUGUCACUGUAUUAAUCAAUCAGUUUUUUUGUUACGUAACAUCUUUAUAAAUCUUCUUGAAUAUUUAUGUCCUGCUAGCGUUUUGGGACAGAGGAGCGUUUCCUCUCUCGGUGUAAAAGGAGCUUCUCUCUCGUGUCGCUCCACUUCUUUCCUUUUGUACUUUAGUUUUGCUUUUCAAUAAAUGACCCAACACUCCAAA